AUGCUGGGCAAUAAAUCUGUUCCCUCGUCGUUUGGACAUUUUACUGAAAAACUUUUUGAUGAAUAUCCGAUUUAUGAAGUGAAGCUGCCAGCAACAACUAUCGAUGAAUAUCUUCCAACUAAACUUCCAGCCUUUGCAGCGAAAUCAUGGAAGAAUAUGAGUAAGCGCCAUUUCUUUUAUUCAAAACCAAUCGUUUAUGCUACACGAUGUCAAAUUAGCAAUGAUAGUGAACCUUUACCAUCGAAAUUAUCCUUGAGUAACUUAUUGGAAGAUCUACUGUUAGAAAACACAUCGAAAAUUCGGUAUAAUUUCGUUAUAAUAGGCGAUGCUCUAAUCUUCGCACGUGUUCCUCGUCAUCGUCAUAUUUCCUACCAUUUACUCUGUAAACACAUCUCGUUAGCUAACCGUUCGACAGAUGUUCGCUUUGCUGGUGAAUUCUGGCGAGACGAAGAAUCAUAUUUUCGAUUAAACAACAAUUCUGGUACUUAUCGUCCAUCGAACGGAUUACUUCAGUCAACUAUUAAACUUUUCAAUGCGAUAACUUCAUUAGGAUUUAAAGGCAUCGACUUUCGACAAAGCGUACAAUUUCCUAUGCAACUCCAGUUGAGUAAGGAAAUACAAACAGUGUAA